AGGAUCUUGUCCAACCAAUAACAAAGCAUUAAGCAUUCCUCAGCCAGACAAAACCCAGAGCACCAAUGGCCAUGCCCCCUCUCACCCCAUGGCGCCGCAUCCUCAGUCUUCGCCUCCGGUAAUCGCCAACUUCCCCUCGCAGCACCUGACCAUUGGCUGCGGCGUAGCCAUCUUCCACGUUGCCUCGGAGCGCGUCGUGCUCUGCUACCACAGCCGCGACAAGUACUGGUUCCUGCCGAAAGGACGGCGGGAUGCCGGAGAAGAGACGGCACGGGCAGCGGAGCGAGAGGGGUUUGAAGAGUCCGGCUACCGCAACCGCCUCCUCCCCAUCUCAAUCCCGCACCGCCAGCCGCGCCCGCACGCCCCCAGUCCCGGCGCCGCUCCGCACACGCUGUUCGCGACGGAGCCGGUAUGGACGCAGCUGAUACCGCAGUCGGCGCGCACGCAAUACAUCCUCUUCUGGUACAUAGCGGAGACGCUGCCUCCGGACGUCGAGGCCAGCAUGCGCGUGCCGUCGGGCGAGGCGGCCGCUGGCGAAGAACUGGCUCCCGCUCAGCAGCCGUAUGUGGCCCCGCCGCCGUAUCCUGCGGACUUGUUGCUCAGCGAGCGAGUCAAGAUGGAUGGAGAUGCCUAUGUCCCGCCGAGGCAUGAGGGGACGGGUGUGGAUGAGGAGGAGGCUUUGUAUGAGAGUUAUUUGCUUCCGGUGAGGGAGGCGCAGGCGAAGUUGAGGGGGUCCGUCAUGGCGGAUGUGGUCAAGAAGGGUUGGCAGGGGAUUGUGGAGAGGUUGGAGUAUGAGUCUGCGACGUGUUAGGUGGUGUAGUGUUGGAUUCACAAGACAGAGUUUAGGCAGAGG